UACUAAAAGAGUUUUUGAGGCCCAUGUUAAAGCAAAAGAAUCGGGGGCCCAAUCCUCUUCUAGUGUUAGAUGAACAAAGUAAGAAAAAGUCGGAAGCUCGAGUAUUUCGUCUCCCAUGGCUGCCAACUCUUUCUCUCUAUCAAUUUGUAGGACCCAAAAUUGUGAACAAACAAAACUGCCUAUAUGACAGCACCAGAACGACCGCAACCAGAAGUGCCAUCAAUCGACCUCAGGGAGUACUCUGCAUCAUGACAGCACCAGGACGACCACAACCAGAAGUGCCAUCAAUCGACCUCGAGGAGUACUCUGCAUCAAAGACUCUGAUUCCUUUUGACCGACCAGUCCCUCUUCUUCGAGGUCCCAUCAAGGCUGGCCCACAAGAAGAAACAGUUGGGCAAUUCAUCCUCGCAUUUAAAGACCCUAUCUCCUGGGCCUCUGCAUACAAGGCUUGUGAAUCUCAAGUCACUCAACAAUGUGAAUCUGGAGCUAGGAUUGGUUGCUCUAUCGCAGCCUCAGACAAAUGUAAAACUCCUUGGUGGAAAUCAUUCACUGGCAGUGCUUCCAAUCAAGACUUUGCAGAGAGGGCGAGAUGCGAAGAACGUGAAAUGGAGGCUUGCCUUGAAGCAGCAAAUGGGAAGUGCCAUGAAUUUGCAAAGCAGAAGUGCUUCCCAGCAUUUCGUGAUGCAUGGAUUGGUGUAAAAGGAUUGAGUCCCAAAGUGAAGAAAAAAGAGUUAUCCAGGCUUAUUUCUUGGGUGAAGUUAGGGGAGAAUUGUCAGAUAGCUGAUCUUUGGAGAUUAGAGAGGCCUUGGCUCGAGUUUAAGGCACAACUACAAGUGUCUUAUUGCAAAGGGAGUGAUAUAUUAGGUUGAGAUGACACACAAAAUUAUGAGAACUAAUGUUUGAUUUGUAACUGAAGUUCAAUAUGACAGCACAUGUUCUUGUCUUGUUGAUUCCUUGAAGAAAUCUUUCUUUUUGAUUCUUGUA